GCACGUGAGAGCAGGGCGGCUUCGUUUUUACUAAGUACCUGCAAAAUGUGCCUCGAUUUCAGAAACUGAGCAUGAGCUUUCUUGGGAAAAGUGUGAACUGCUUGGCAGCUCCGUGUCUCGAAGUUGUAAAAAGCGAAGUCAGUAGGCGACAAAACAAAGAGAUAGUGCCAUGUCGAAAAGAUACUUACCACGUUUUUCUAUUUCAUUGAUUCAUUUAAGUUUGAAACUUAUGAUAAGCAAAAACGAAACAGGGAAUACCUGAAAUUGAUGAAUUCAUAGUUCUUCUCAGAAUUAGUAUAAAAAAAUGGUCAUACCAAGCGGAACGCGGAACCGCGGUUCUGCCACCCUCGGCAAUGCACGGGACCUUCUCGCUGUUGCAGGUAGGUUUACAUUGUUCAUCUGUACCAUACUCUUAUGUGUCAAGUCAGUAAAGCAACAACUACUUAUCAAUUUACUUUGAGCAGUCUGCCGCAGUACUAAUUCCAAGUGCCCUUUUACUUAGCCAAAAAGCAAUCUUCGUUCUAGUAUGUGAUCUCAUUAGAAUCUAUAACUAUCAAAAAAAAAUCAAUCUGCAUCUUCACCACCGAGCAGAAGCUGCUUUCGGCGGUAAGCCUAUGAGCCUAGCCGAUGACAGGUCGACUGUGGCAAGUUCGGCAUCUGGAUCACGAAGUGUGUCAAAGUCCUACUCGGGAGCCUCAUCUAGAAUACCGAAGUUCUUCGAUGACGACUCUAAAACAACAUUUAGAAAUGGUACUACUCAGUUUAUUUGUUGAUUGGCGGAUGGCAUCAAAGACUUAGAAAAUGGCAUUUUAUUAAAAGUAUGCCGAGUUAGUCUUGGUGGGUGUGCAUGUCAAGUGCUUUCACUUCUAUGAAUGUCUUUAUAUCUUUGGUACAUGUAUGUUGUUUCUCCAAAAUUGAUGAAUAGCUUGAUUUUCUUGAGGUAUUGCGGGGGACCAUUAUGAAAUUGGUGCCGCAUUGGUGGACUGCUCGUCUAGUGAAAGCGUCGGUGGCGCUCAUUGGGCAUCAAAAGUGCGGAAAGACGGUCAAGAAACAGCCGAAGAUAUGAUAGGGAAGAAGAUCAACAUUUUCUUUUUUCUUCGCAUCAACUAAUUUAAAGCUGAGUGUUCACUGAUAGAGUUUUGAAAGUUUUCUGAUUGCAACUCGCAGUAUGUUGAAGGGGAAUUCUAGAAAGCGAUGUCAUUCCGACAUAGUCGUGAAUCACUAGCUACUACCAACAUUAAAUAGUCCACCAUCAAGAAGAUCAAGCUGUAUCUGAAUCAUUUAAUUACUCUCAUUCACGAAUUCUGCAUUUACGACUUAGGGGAGCGAACGGUGUUAACGGAGGUGAACAUGAAGUUCGAGCCAGACUCAGAGGAAUCACCGCAGUGCGUGCAUCUUAGUUACUGCUCAGCAGAUCACCUGAAGCAAAUUAAAGCGGGCAUGGCAGACUUCAUCUCCGUAAAGCGAAGCUACGUUGCGAAAGAUGGUAAAUAAGACACUAUGACUGAUCUGCUUUCUCUUUUCGGGACGCUGAUCAUGCUUAAAACUCGCUAGAAUAAAGGGCAACGCAAAUGAAUAAUGCGAAAGCUUUCUCGCAACCUUUUUUACCUCUUGUCGACGAAUGAAUUUACUGACCCUCAGCCGAACGGUUGCACAUGGGUUUUCGCUGUGAGGAUGCGGCGAGGUUUUGGAAGCUAUGCUACCCAAUGAACUGGGGAGGCGCGAGGACGGUCGUGAAGAAAAUUCAGUUUGUUGCUGAAGAUGUCGCAAGCAGAAAGAUGUGUACUUUCUUCACUUUCCAAGCUAGGCAGGAAACACCCACGAUUUACCUGUCUAAUGAAGAUUGCGAUCAUGUGCUCCACUUUCAUUCGCGUGCCCUUGCACAUUCUCCAAACAAAUCACCGCCGGCACAGGUAACGGACUAAAGCAGAUGAGUUACGAACAUAGUUCACAACUAGGACGCCUCUGCAGUAUAUUUGACGAAAAGGAGACGCUAACUGACGCGCAACUAGAGGUUCGCGCACUUGCGAGGAAACACGGAAUUCCACUGGGUGACGCAGAAACUCUGCGCCUCAAGUUUGAGAAAUACGACGAAGACCGAAGUGGUAUGUUGUUGUUGCUACGAGGAUCUCAUUGUGAGUGAGAUUACAAUUGCUAGUUGGAGUUCGUGUUCAGCUAAAGGAGUCUCGUGUCACUCAAGUUUAGUACUCGCAAAUGUUUGCCUCUUACAUUGCUGCGAUAGGGAAUGCAAAAACACCGUCGUAAAAAGUUCAGGAGCCACUCUCUCUCGUCUUGGUCAACAUGAUCCAGGUCACAUAUCCAAGGACGAGUUUUCGAAUAUACUGGCGGAGCUAAUCAGAGUCAAAGUCGCCGGCGACAUUCCGCAAGAGCGAUUCAAUCAUUACUGGCGCGAGGUCGAUACCGAUCAGUCAGGAGAAAUCUCAUUCGAGGAGUUUCUCAUAUGGUAGAAUCAUAGAGUCACGUUUUCCUCGCAAAUAUCUGCUCACCCAUACUGUCGAGGCGUCUUUCCUGCUCUUCUAAGUAGUUUUUAGGCUAGCUUGGUCUGCUGGCCCGUUGAGCACAAUUGGACAUUGACUACUCAUUCGUGCCUUCGCCAAGUUCGUCUUGGUUUUCCCCACCCGUCCAGGUACACGAGUAUUGUGAAGACAGGAGCCCUGAAUCCGAAGUCGUUCUAUGCAGCUUUUGGCAAGAACCGCGUCCGAAAUAUGGUGGAGAAUGGCGUUUGGUAGACCGGUGUUUAGGCAGAGAGGACGAGUCAUUCACCUGACUCUGACAGAUAUGAACCUUUCCUUGAACUCAUUUAUAGCGUUGUAGUACUAUGCAGGUACAGGUAGUAGGUGUUUUUGUUUUUCUAUCAGUAUUGGAAUCGAUCGGGACCGCAUCAUUGGGAAAAGCGCAUUCGAGUCGUGUCGAAGCAAGUAAAUGUAAGUGUACAAAUCGUAGGGCGCUCUUUAUACCUCCAGACGCAAACGCGUAUUGGCUGUCAAGCACAAAAAAAGCAAUGAGUGGACGCGUAAAAUAAAGAGAAAGAAUAGGUGUUGGUGUACGUGAAGCGAGAUAUUCAGCGCCGCUUUGUCAGGGGUACAAAUAUGGAUGGGUGAUGUGGACGAAUGAAUAGUACAGGGCCGAAGAAAUCGGUUGCCGUUCUCGGCUUGAACAGAAGAAAGAAGAUAAGCACCUUGUAAACACAUUGUAUUUUUGAGUCGGACUUGUUUUUUUGAAUCAUGUUGAAGUUAUCUUGGAAAAACACCAGAAAUCAAAUUUUGCGUAAAAACAGCGUUAGCAUGGACACCUGACUUUUAUGUAGUGUGAAGGACGAACACAAUGGUACAGAAGAAUUGCCAUACAAAAUUAUACUAAAAGAAGCAUUGCUGACCGCGACUGAGGAGUGCAGACGCCGGCUCUUCAC